AUGCAAGAUGAAGCUUCGAAUGGCGUCGACGAUAAGCUCUACGGUUAUAUCCUCAAAGUUGUCCUUUUGGAGUAUGCCAAUGAGGUGAGGUUCCGCACAUCGAUUAUAUCAGCGGCUGAUCGCAAACGGUUAUCUACUUAUUCUAGGCCAAGUGCUCCGUCCGAGUCGAUAUUGCCUGCGUAUGUCGUCAAGGCGUUGAAAGCCAAGCUUCAGGAUGUCAUGACCAAGAAAAACAACAGUGUGGAUGAAAAAACCAGACGAACAUUGCUACGGCUCUAUGGAGACCUUCUAGAUACUAAAAACGAGGCUGAUUCAAGAAACAUCGACUUCUUGAUUGCCAAAUUUGCGUCUUAUGCCAAUCAGGAGUUGAAGAAGAUUGGAGUCACCAAUGAAGAAGAAGUGUCCGCGGGGGUGUUUGAGCAGACGACCCAGUUCAUCGAUAUGAUCAUUGUGAUGUUGAAAACCAAAAAGGAUGCAGAUCAAGGACUUGUGCUCAAAUUGCAUGAACACAAGGAUGGAUUCAAAGGACGCAAAGUCAAAGCUGAGCUGAAGGAGGCGCUCAAGUUCCCAACAAAGUCGUAUCGUCUCGAAGACAUGAACAAUAUGCUUGUUCAAAUCGUGUUGGAUACGUUUAAAGUCAACAAGAUCAAGAUGCAGGCAGAUGUGUUCAAGUAUAAGGAUUUUGCGUUGCCGCAUCUUUUGCACGAAGAUGUUGACAAGUUUUUUGAAUUGGAAAAGGAAAAGGAAAAGGAAAAGGAAAAAAAAAAGGAAAACGACAUUUCUGGAAAAGAAAACUCGUCAGGGGAAGCUUUGAAAUUGUAUAACGAAAGGCAACUUCGAAUGAAAUCCCAGGUCAAAGCCAGAUACAAGCUUACUCCGGGCUUGAAAAAUUCACCAACAUCACUCCCUUUAGAAGAGCAGUUCUACACCAUUCCGCGAAUAAGCGAAAUACGCAGUCUCUACGUGCGACUAACUGAAAAAAUCUUUGAAACACAACCCCCUAUAGUCCCGGGACCGAGUGCAAACAAAAUCAAAAUCAUCGAUCCGUCAAGAGAAGAUUUCUUAAACAUUGUUGGACGAAUCUGGUUAGUUGACUGCACAACAAGAGCUGCCGCAUUAUAUCAUGCUGGACAUGUAUGCAAUGCUCUUGCUUCUGAAGUGAAAGGGAGAGAAAGUCACGGUAUUUCUUUGGACGCGAGUGAUUGCAUGCUUCAAAAAUGCAGACACAUGGUUGAAGAAGGUGGACUCCAGUGGGAUGAAAAAAACAAAUUUUGGGGUGUCGAAGAGCAGGAAUCAUGGGGCGAAAGCUUGAUUUUGUCCUAUAACCAACUUUUUGUAUCCCUCAAAGACUGCUUCAACGAGAUCUUUAACGAGACCAACAAGCCCAGUUUUGGCCCUUAUUUGGAGUUUCUCGGAAUGCAUUUGGAAUCCGAUCCUUUAUUCCCCUUGGUCGAGUCCACGGAACUACCUAAAAAAUGGGAGAAACGAUUGACAAAGAAUUUAUUAAAACUUGCAAGCAGGCGGUAUGAAAGCUACCUUAAGCAAUUGCCCCGCGACGGCAACUUGGGGGUAUUGCAACUCUUGAAUAUAUGCGACGCCAUCGUUAGCGACAUCAAGAUGUUGCAAAAGAGAUACAAGCGUCCAUUUUUGGGGUUUUUAAACAUUGCCCACACUGUCGCUUCAAUAACCACGGGCAUGUUUGCCAGUGACGCCAAAAUGAUAUUCCAACAUAUCGAAUCUUAUUCAGCCAAGCGCGACGAACGAAUAGCGACUGCUGAUGCACUCGAAAUCUACCUGCUGCUACGUGAGAUUCGCAGUAUUUACUACCAAGUCACCUCAAGAAAAAACACUCAUUACGAGUUUGAUCUCGAGUCUUCAUUCUUUAAAUAUUUGAACGACUGGGUCGAAGAGUCAAAUGAAAAACUUCAAGGCGUGGUGGAAGAAGCGUUGAAAAAGGACGAUUUUCAGCCGCUCGAUAUCGAAGUCGACGAACGGAAAAAUAGUCGCGCUGUGCUAGACAUAGUCGCUAUAAUACGGCAAUAUCUCCUGGUGUUGAAUAAGCAGCAAUGGAGCAACGAAUACCAGUUGGCAAAGAUUUACACCAAACUCCUCAAGAGUGUCUCCAAUAGCGCGAUUUUGUAUGCCUUGCGGAUUUCUUCCAGACUAAAUACAGAGUUGCUUUUGUCGAAGACAAUUCAAGAAGAGCCGCAGGAGAAGUCAUCAAACUGGUUUAGCGAUGUGAAAAACGCCGUUAGCAACAUUCACACUUUUUCAAAAUCGCAGCCGGAGGUUGUCUUUAAUUUCGAACCUCAAACGUGCGUCGCGCUCAACAAUAUCGCUGCCAUGAUGGAGAAUCUCACUCGCCUUGAAGAUCUGAUUGACCCCGAAUCGGUUUCCAGAUCGGUGGCCGCCCACGAGCCCAAUGCUCGAAACAGCUACUUGAGCCACGUUUUCACAGUGCGCGUUGUUCGAGGCGAAAACCUUGCUUCGUCAAAGGAAUCGAGUUUUGGUAGAAUCAACCCCUACGUGGUGUUGGUGGAUGUAAAUAACAAAAAACAGAUUGGCCGGACGCGGACGAUUAAAAAAAACAUGGACCCCGACUGGGAUGAAGAGUUUGAAAUCACAAUCCCAGCAGAGUCUACUCUUGAGUUGUCUUGCAUUGUGUGGAGCGACAGUUUUGGGCAGCAGCAAGUGUGUGGUAAGGCCUUUUUUGACCUCAAUCCCAAAAAAUUCAAACAUAAUGGGAUCCCCGAGGAAAUCUCACUAAAUCUCGACAUUCUGGGGAAAUUGAUUCUUGAAGUGGCAGUUGAGAGUGAGACAACAGACGCCAUGUUUGUCAUGGGCAGAAGCUACAGGGCGUUGAAACGCGUUUUGGACCGAUCGAUUAAACUCAUGGUUGAAAAAUUCCAGGGUUUCAUUGGAAGCUGUUUCUCCAAAUCAAACUUAAAGACCAUCUGCGCCAAAGGUCAGCCGGCAAAAGCGGAUUUCGAGGCGUCGAUCGAAACUCUAUGCGAUUACCUCAAUAUGAACUUGAGCGUACUCAAGCAGUAUUUGAGGGACGACAUCUUUAUGGAAGUCAUGAUUGCAACUUGGAAAGAGGUGAUCAAGUGUGCUGACGACUUGCUAUUGCCAAAAUUGUCUCAAGCGAUUUUUUUUGAAAACAUUGACUCCAGCAGCUGGCAGCAAGCCAUGUCCUCAAAGAUUGCCAAUGUCUCGAUCACGACCAUGAACAUGUUUGGCUUUGAUAGUCCCUUGACUUCUGUAGAGAUUGAAACGGUCUUGAGGUGGCUCGACUUGCUCACGGAGUUUUUCCACAACGAUGGUAACGGACCACCUUUGCCCGAGUUGAAGACCAACCGGUACCAAUCUUUAUUGCUCAUCCCGGCAUUUUACGAUCAGCCCGAUGAUGUGCUCGUGGACGAGGUCGAGAAUUUGUCGUCUGCAUAUAUGCAAAUGUUGAUAAGCCGCAACAGCAGUUCCAACGGCGGCGGCGGCGGCGGCAGCGGCAAAGAAUACGACGGGUUUUUGAAAAGAGCAGGAAGUCUCUCACGAAGCAAAACGAUAUACGCCAACGCCACCGCAAAGACGCGGGCCCAGGCUGCAAAAGAAGACCAAGAAGCUGAUCCCUACGUCAGUCUGAUUUUGAAAGAAGACAUCAUCUUGCGAGUGUUGUUGGCUCGUGGCAGAAAGGACUUUGUUCGCACGCGAAUGAGUCAAAGGACCAAAAUCGCCUACAGCUUGGCCACGGAGCGGAUGGCAAAAUUAGCAGCAGAACGGUUCCAGCGUUGA